GAGUAGCUGGGGCUCCUGAUAGGACCGAACUCGGGAUUUGCCCACUCAGGACAGGCAAAGGGCGGCAGGAGUAGUAGUGGAAUGAACAGAGGUUUACAGACACGAUGGACACCGACCUCAGCCCACAAGACCGGAAGGACUUGGACAAGUUUGUUAAAUUCUUUGCUUUAAAGUCAGUGCAGGUGAUCGUGCAAGCUCGCCUAGGAGAUAAGAUUUGCACUCGUUCCUCCUCUUCGCCUACCGGCUCUGACUGGUUUAACCUGGCGAUCAAGGACAUCCCCGAGGUGACACAGGAAGCUAAAAAAGCACUUUCUGGCCAGCUGCCCGCUGUGGGGCGCUCCAUGUGUGUGGAGAUCUCUCUGAAGACCUCCGAGGGCGACUCCAUGGAGCUUGAAGUUUGGUGCCUGGAAAUGAAUGAAAAAUGUGAUCAAGAUAUCAAAGUUUCCUACACUGUAUAUAACCGGCUGUCACUGCUACUGAAAUCACUGCUCGCUGUCACCCGGGUGACUCCAGCAUACAGACUGUCCCGGAAGCAAGGGCAUGAAUAUGUUAUUCUCUACAGGAUUUAUUUUGGAGAUGUUCAGCUCCUGGGACUCAAAGAAGGUUUCCAAGCAGUGCGCGUUGGGACGGUGGGAACUCCCCUCGGAACACUUACCCUGACCUGCGCCUACAGGACUAAUCUGGCCUUCAUUUCCUCUCGGCAGUUUGAGAGGACCCAGCCCAUCAUGGGGAUUAUUAUUGAUCACUUUGUUGACCGACCUUUUCCCAGCACCUCACACAUGCAUCCCUGCAACUACAGGGCACCUGAGGAGCAAGGUGCUGCCUACCCAUCUGUGGAGGAUUCCCAGGAUGUGUGUGCCACGUCCUUCUCUACAUCACCCCCCUCGCAGUGUGUGAUCACCCUCAGUAAGGCACAGUGUCAGACAGCUACUCCUGUGGUGACGGACUCUCACAGGGUCCUGACAAUGGGACUGGCCUUCUCACAUCACAUGAUGGUGCCAGGGAAAGAGGGUGGGUUGCCCAAUAUUACACCCCAACCUGCACAUGGUACUCAAGCAGAUCAUGACCGCACUCUCCUGACUUCACCGCCUCAUGUAGCGGGCACCACCUCCAGCAGUGAGGAAGCAGACACCCCGUCCGGCAGCAGCCCCGCUGGGAGGAGCAGCUCCCCCAACAAGCCUCCCCACAUUCUGUUUACCCGCAAAGUGGGGGCUUUCGUGGACAAAUCCUCCCCUCAGGUCACCUAUGCCAGCACGGAUAUACCUUUCGCUGUGUUUGUACCCAAGCUUACUGAUCUGGAGGAUGCUGAUCCCAUGGUGGUUUGUCCUGAGACCCCAGAAGAGGUCUCUCCAGAUGCCCGCAGCCUGCAGAGUUCCUGCUCAAGCAGUGAGGUGCCACAAGAUGAUUUUGUGAUGGUGGACUUUCGACCGGCUUUCUCUAAGGAUGACCUUCCCAUGGACGUGGGGACUUUCUACCGGGAGUUUCAGAACCCACCUCAGCUGAGCAGCCUUUCCAUUGAUAUCGCUGUGCAGUCAAUGGCGGAAGACCUGGAUUCGUUGCCGGAAAAGUUGGCCAUGCAUGAGAAAAACAUGGAGGAGUUUGAUGCCUUUGUUGACUCUUUGCAGUAAGAUGAAGGAUCCUGGGGACUAUUCUUUGUACAGUUUGGUGUCUCCGUUUGCCCAACCCUGCUGUCAAACUCAGGCCUAUGCCCCCCCUACCUGUAAUUCUACUUCAAAGGAGCCUUUAUUCUUCUAGCACAGCUGCUACAUUUACAGCAUUCGAUAAUGAAGAGUGUUGUCCUUCAACCACCGGUUCCCCAGUUUCCCUAUAUAAUCAUUUGCUGAAGCUGCAGAAGUGACCAUUGCCAAGCCUACAGGGGCACGUGAGCUGCACAUAAGCAGGAAUUACACAGCUGAAUGGGAAGACCAGGAGGUGGAGAUCUGCAAGUAACAACAUGCCAUAAUGGAACCGCUACACGGCUUCGGUAUCAUGGCAGCGUCCUGCACUGCACCUUGCAUAUGCCCUACAUGGGCUCAGAGAAUACACAUCAGCCGUACCAUCGAAUGGUUAAGAAAACCCUCCUUGUCUGUUUCCACCUUGGGUAUGCCAGUAUAUAGCUCACAAUAUCCACCAUUGCUGACUUUAUACACCCACAGAUGUUGAUUUUAGACCUGUACUAUCUGGACAGCCAGCUCUCUUACUUAUAUUGCUGUUAGUCUGCUGCACCCUAGAGGUGAGAUGGUGUAACAGCUGCUCAGUCAUACUGCUAAUAUUACAUCUAUCGGACAGGAUUCUGCAAGCUCAAGCUUUCAGUUUUCUCCUUACACUGCUUCUCAUAUCUACUACUCCAUAAAUGUAGAAUAUGGUAUGUCAAUGUAUAUAAUACAUUGUAUCUAUAACACUAAUAGUUACGGGUUAGGACCUUGCAGAGCACUUCAUUAUGGCAGCAGCAGAUUGGCUUCCUCAGUGUAUCCACCACUGUAGAUAUUAGAUUGCUCUCCGGUACACUGUAGGGUAGAGAUGUCUGCAGAUGUCACAUGCAUCUUCUUGUAUAGUGUUAGUAGGACAUGGAACCUGCAGAGGGUUUAAUGCUGCUACAGUACCUUCCCUCCCUAGUACACACAUUGCACUCAACGGGAGGAAAUCCGGGCACUGUUCCUAUGAAAGAUGUCAUUCUGAUAUGUAUUAUAAAAUAAAUUUAUGUAUUUACAACA